GGAAACGGAUAUUGCGAUGAAGCCGUGGUUUUGGAAAGUUACACGUCUGUUUGAGAGGACAAGCAGCACCUUCUGCUAUGCACACUUUUUAUCGCACUUACCGCAAUCCGGUAUCCUAUAAAAAAGGAGCGUGGCUAAUGUUAAGCUCUGUUAAUGACUCGCAAAAUAAGUGGUAUUGCGACACAUGUCGCCCCCAAAUGAGCUCCGUUAGCGCGUUUUCGCAUGUUGCAAUCACGUAGCGGGUUGUAUCUCAAAAACUGACUUCCGACACGAUGACCAAACAAAAUGAGUUCAUGAUGUCAACUAUGGGCAUGCUGCUGCUUCUGCUUCUGCUUCCUAUGACUGCGGGCCUUCCCAUAGACACAGGGGACUUCGAAGCAGCGCCACUCUGGUGGGCCGUGCCCUGCGUCGCGGUGGUCACCAUCCUGCUGGCACUUGGCUGCGUCUGUUGCCGCGAGGAUGGCCUCAAGGUGCUGGGUGUUGAGAACGGCACCCAAGUGUCCCACCUGCCGAUGAGCAACGUGCUGGCGGAAGAGAUCACCAUAUUUCCUCCGCCGGCGUCGCAGCUCGCGUUCACCUCACAGCCCUCCUACGAAGACAAGGUGCGUUUCGAGCCGUUGCCGAAAAUCUUUCCUCGAGGUGGGGGGGCAUCGAAGCGCCCUCUACGCCCCGCACACUAUUCGGGAGAGCUGGGAUCGCGGCCUUCGACCAUCCAUGACUGGUUUGAUGAUCCGCAGGCUAACUUCCCCAGGCAGCAGCUGCAGUACCUGCAGGAGCUGGGCACCGGCUGGUUUGGGCAGGCAGUGAAGGGUGAGGCCCAAAACCUGGGCGGCAUCGGGACUUCGUCCGUCGUGGUGAAGAUUUUGCGCACUGAUGCCACGCCCACGGAGCACCUUUGCUUCCUCCACGAAGUGCAACCUUACAGAGUCCUCCGCCACGAAAACAUUCUCCGCCUUUUGGGUCGGUGCUUGGAGUCCGAUCCGUUCCUCAUCAUCCUGGAAGACUCCGCCAUGGACUUGAAGAGAUUCCUGGUACAGAGGCGGAGCAACUCUGACACCUUUUUCGCAAGCGGAGCGUUGCUGCACAUAGCACGGGCCGUCACGUCUGGCCUGCAGUACAUGCACAGAUACGGCUUUGCCCACGUUGAUCUGGCGGCAAGAAAUUGUGUUAUAACGAGGGAUCAGCUAGUGAAGGUUGGGGACUACGGUACUUCGAUACAGGCGUACAAGGAAGACUACUACGUGGUUGGCGACGUUGCCAUCCCCAUUCGCUGGAGCGCUCCAGAAUCGAUCCAUUGCACAGAGAUCGCAUUAGAAGCCAGGGAAAUCACCAAAGAAGCUAAUGUGUGGAGCUUAGGUGUACUGUUGUGGGAGCUGGCCACGCUCUGUUCGACUCCUUACUCGAGCCUGAGCGACGAUGAGGUCAUACAGAGGGUCAUCAUGCAGAAGCGCUUGAUAUUAGAAAGGCCAAAGGUCGUCAGCCCACACAUGGAUCGGCUGUACCAGGUGAUGACAUGGUGCUGGAACGACCCUCUGGAGCGGCCCACAGUCCAGGAAGUCGGCGGACUACUCGCCCACCUCUGCAACCACAAAGACUCUACGGACUUCGAGGCCCGCUGGAACUCCCUGCGUCCCGUCAUGGUCCGCGAGCACAACCUAGCUCACCCAGCUGCGGGAGACAUGUCUUUUGAGAGCAACUUCACCCCUGCACAGAGCCCCCAGGAGGAACUGACCUCCAUGCAGAUCUCGGAAGCAAUCCAAGACUUGGACGCGAUCCUGGCCGCAGAGUCUUCCGAAGACAGCAAGACAGACAUGCCCACGGUCGACAGUUUAUGCUCCACGGAGUCCAAGGAGAACUCGUUGGGAUUCAAGAAGAGCGCCUCGGUCGAGGACCUGCUGAAGGAAGGGCCGGAAAAGGUGGCCCAGCUCUUCCGCAUCACCGUGAUUGACGACGACGACGUGGGCGAACCGCGGAGUCUGAGCAGCCUGGCCGACGAGAGCGCGAAGAGGAUAUGGAGCAGCGCGGAGGCGCUGUCUACGAGCAGUGCGAGGAGAGAACGCAAUAUAUGGAAGACGGCGGACGACUCUGGCGCGGAGAUGCCCUCCUCGGCGGUAAUGAGGUCCCUAGAGGAGCUAGCGUCGCGGGUCGCGGCCGACGUAAGUAGCGGCAUGUCGGGUAGCGGUGGCGGGUCUGCUGGUAGUAUUCGCUGCUCUUCCCCUUAUGACACCACUGCUUUCUCUACUAACCGGGCUUCCUGUGUGUCGUCUGCUUACAUUUCCACCACCGGCUGUGACUCACCUCACCUUAACCCCGUGUGUGCCGAGGACGACCCGGAGCGCAACCGGGGAAGUCGAAGCGACCGGACGCAACGCGCGCCGUCCGACGCCCCGCGUGCCCCGGUUGACUGCCCGCAUGUCCUUGAUUUCAGCCGCAGCUCUGAGGGCAGCAGCAGCUCGCCGCGCACGGGAGGGGCCACGUCUCCGGAACUGUGCACCACCGGGGACAGCAGCGGGAACCUCUACGUGACCGCCAUGGAGUCGGAACCUUCCGAGGGUUCCGUCUUGAGCACGACGGACAUUUCGCUGGUGGAGGGUUUUUCAGAGUCGGUGGCGUCGUUUGUCACCGCCCAGCCGGAGGACGACACGUCGGAGUGUUCGGAGGCGACGCUGGCAGACGACGGGUGCGCGGACGAGUGGGAGCAGCGGUGGAACGAACAAUCGCCCUCACUCCUGUCGGACGGGACGGUGGACGACGCCCAGAGGGAGUUGCGUGUGGAGUGCAAUAACUCGUUAGAUAUGAGUGACACUUCCUUGUUGGAGAGGAUGGAGGAAUUGAGAGGCACGGUGGACGAAGUGGUGGCGCAGGAGAACGGAUUCUUGGAUGCGCCUCUGUCUGCGAGGCAGGCAACACUGUCAUGGAGCGAGGGAUCGGAAGGGAGAGAACGUUGUUACGGAGCGUCCCACGAAAGGUACAAGGUGAACGAGGAACAGCACCAGGACGUCUCGCCAACGGACCUCAUGGGGGAGCUGUGCGAAGAAGAGGAGAUCCUGACGGUGGACACGGCCACCAACGAGAUCACGGUGCGGCCAGCGCCACCCUCGACGCUGCUCCUCCAGUCGGAGGAGGUCCUGGCCGGCGGCGACCGGAUGAGCGAUACGGACGACACGAGCAGCACGGGCACGUCCUGCUCGACGACGUCCGGAUCCUUUGAGUGUCUCACGCAGGACAGGGUGUCGAGGAGCGCGGAGGAUGUCGGCAUGGCUCGCGACGAACGUGGGGUCGAGAUCGCAUUCCCGUCGGCCACGUGGGACCGCAGUGCCACGUCGACUAAGGGUGUGCUAAAGUCUUCCUUGUACGAGAAUAAGCAGGAGGGAGCAUCACAAGCCUCGAGUACGAGCCUGCGGAAGAGCGUCUCCUUCAACGACGUCAUCCGAUCCGUGUACCACUACCCACCCGAGGAAGAACUUCCGACGCCUCGUUCCGCAGACCUUGACUACUCCAGCUUUCAAGACUGGGAAUUCCAGUCGUCCCCAGAAGACGACUUUCGAAUUGUGGAAGAGAUGGAGAGCAGCGAUGAGGACAACGAGGACCCGAGAGCUCUGCCACGAUAUCCUCCUGGUGGGCUCGAAGGGAUAGACAACGCAUGCGUGAAUGGUGACGGCAACCUCCUCACGAACGAGAGGCCUCCUUGGGACUCGAUGAGCGAUCUCUCCUGCCUGGACGGCGAGAGCGAGGACGAACCGGACGCGGCCGAGAAGGCACCACGGGACGGCUUGUGGAACGACGCCAAUGCAAACACCGAGCCCCUCUUCGUCAACUCCAACUUUGGCAACCUCUCAAAACUCCCCAGUUCAGCCGCCGUUGCUCAAGGGUCGUCGGGGGUGGGGAACGUUGAGAAAGUUUAGUGUAGGUGCGAACAAUUGUAUAUAUACAUGGUGUGGCCCGCUUCCUAGUUGACAGCAACAAAUUUCUUUUGUGUGUGUGUACAUUAUGCUAGUUAGUGGCAGGUCUCUUACAAGUGCAAUCCCAACUUGCUAGGACAAGUAUGCCCCCCCCAUCCUUUCUUCAAUCCUUUUUUAAACUGCGUUUUUAUUUAUUUAUUUUGAGGGCAGCUUUUUAUUUACACUCGGACACUUUACUUUAUUAACGAGACUUUUGGUGUGACCUCUUGUUACUACCUUGCUGCAUAUUUAGGCGGUUAUUUAUUAAAGACAGAGAGUCUGGACAGAUGCAAUGGUGUAUUCGCGUGCAGGGAUGUCAGAACGAAGAUUACGCAGUUCCCUCUUUGUGUAUUCUGUUUAUAGUAUAGUAAGUUAUUAUUAUACAUAUUUUAUUCGUAUUGUCGUACGUACGUACGUACGUUAUGCAUAGGGUGCUCCUUUUUCGGGUUAAAUGCCCCUACCAGAUUCGGGAGGGAAAAAGAUGGGGUGCUGUUCUCGAACCCGUAUUUCGGGGCGAUAUCGGCUGGUGUGGGAGUUGUUUGCCGCUAAACGGGAAUAUUCCGAGAAACCGUCUGCUGCGAACCGCUUUUCUGGAUGCUGCACCAAUUUAUUGUAGAACCGAAGAGGUGCUGUAAACUCCUUAAUGUUUGCGAUCCCCCGUAAUUUUCGAAAAUUUUAAGAGCAGGUGAAAAUUUCUACGAAGAAUCCACAUUUUAAAAACUGCGCCGCAGUUGCACAGUGUUGUUUUCACAGUUGGUCGUGCAGGUUACUAGUAAGCGUUUGAACUACUUUGCGCGAAAAGCAUGCGCAGUGCCACUUUUAUCAGGUGCAGGAAUAUGGAUCAUCGCGAAGCAAGUUUUACGGUGAUGGGAAAUUUUGUACUGUAGACCUAUUUUUCUGUGCUGGUGUCUACAUUUCGUUCAAGCUUCUGAAAUUUAAAAAACAGAGACAUACCAGUUUUUUUUCUUUUUUCCCCUUUUCUAAGCACUUCAAUACGCCGCCGUUCAGUACAGGCUAGAGCCCUGUCAGCUCCGUCUGUGAACUCCGUCAGACACAGACCCCUUUUCUAUGGCAUUAUAUGAAUAUUGCAACACUCCGAAACAGUUUUUGACUGUAUGGGGUCCUGCGGCAACUCGCCUGAUUCCUCAGACACUGAAGAGGAAAGCGGAACGUACGUUUUCACAAUGGACCAGUGCUUUUUGUGUGUUUCUCUGCUUGUUUGGGCGUUUGAAGCAUUGAAUACUUCUGGCUACACCGUACUUGCGGAUGUUACGAAGUAAUUCGUGGCAUUCGGGCGUCCCGUCGGUGGAUUUUGUGGGACGUCCAUCCGACCUCGUUUCAUCAACUCGAAAUUUUGUGCACUUAAUGCAUUUAGUGGAUAGAGAUGCAAAAUUUCCGGAAAUUUUGGAUCGCUCAAAAAAAAUUUUUUCGCUUAAAAAAUUUUUUUUUUUGAAACCGGGGGAAAAAAUAAUUUUUUUUUGUUUCGAAAUUUUUUUUUUCGGUUUUGAAAAAAAAAAUCAAAACAAACGAAAAAAGAAAUUUUUUUCGUUUUUUUUUAUUAGAAAAAAAAUGGAAACAAACGCGGUUACUGCUGAGUCGAAGCAUUGCCGGCCAAGCCACGGCAUACAAUGAGCUAGAAACCUUAGUAGUGUUCACCCUCUAGGCAUAAAUGCAGAGCAGAGCAUCCCUUGAGACUGCUGUCUACUCAGCGAUAGGUAAUUGGAACAACCCGUCUACUCCGACCAGAACUCCGACAUUACGUGAACGCAAUGGCGAUCGCUUGGAAUAGCCAGACAGAGCUCUAGGUUGGUGGUUGUUGGCGGAUUAGAGGCACCUAAGGCACUGUUGGCGGGUUGGAACGCAUCGAAGGCACGAAAAUUUACAUUUUUCAAUUUUUGUAGCCUGGAAAUUUUGGUCAAUUUUUCCGGAGACGAGGAAAAAAAAACGAAAAGAACCUUUUUUUCCCCAAAAUUUACGGGGUUUUUUUCGGGGCUUCGCAUCUCUACUAGUGGACGAACAAACUUUUGCGGAAGGAUCAAUGAACUUUGUCGGUUUCAAGUGGGUUCAGAGCUGUAACUGAAGUUCCGCACCUGCCAUGUUUAUAGUAGAAAGGGAGCGUUGCCAAUUAAAUUGCUUAAUUUAUUUUCAGAUAUAUAACACUGCCGUGUCAGUGUUGUUGUUGUUUUUUUUUUCUUUUUUUUUAAGCGUUAGGAGGUUGGUGUUACGCAAUAGAAGUGGUGUUCAUCCGCUGCAAAAUGGUCUUAUGUUUCGAUCCCCCUGAAUAGCCAGGUUGAUUAUAAAUUGAAUGUUUUUUUUGUUUUUGUUUUUUCUUUUCGAGACCUGUGAUUUUUUUCUUUUAUUGUUGAUGGGUGGGGAGUCAAGUAAUCGGGUUCUAUUUCAGGAGCGUGAGAACAAGGUCAAAUGAGGCAGUAAUCAUGCGGGAAAUAAUAAACAAUCACCUUUCACGUUUUAGAUUAACAUGCUAUGCCGUGUAGCUGCACUGAAUGUGCAGAGCUUUGCAUUCUCCACUUCCCAUAAGCAGUGAUUUAUCUAGAACCCCCCCCCCCCCACACACACACACCCCUAAUGCCCCCCCCCCCCCCCAAAUGUUUAGUGACACCGCCCUAACUUUAUCAGCUGUGUACCCCCUACAGGGGGUGCUCCCGCGAUUUCAGCCUUAGACACAUCUCGGUAAUGAUACGUUAAGGCGUAAUGACGUAACUGUAAUAAUGACCCCCCCCCCCCCCCCCAAUUUUUUCUAACACCCUUCCGUGCUUGGGGAUUCUGGAUAAACCACUGCCUCCUAAGUGUGGCUAAAUUUGCAUUUUUCUGAAGUUUCGUAUUUUCGUUCCAUCUCCUUUUUUUCUUAGCUCCGAGUAAGGCUUAUGCAAAUCUGGGUAAGACGGCUUCUACCCUGUCUAACCCUAACGCAGAAUGCUGUAAAUAUAGGUAAAGCGUAUGACGUACAGCUGCAAAAGCUAGCGUAUCUACUCGGCGAUGCGCUGAGCAAGGACGUCCAUCCCCAUCCCAUUGCAUUCAGCAUGUUAUCUUGCAUGAGAGAUACGUCGAUAUCCAAUUUUCUGGUUACGCCGUAUCUGGUUUCUCACACAAAGUCGGGUAAUGCAAAACCCUAGUUGUAAAGCUGAUUACGGUCCUAACGUAACCACGUGUUAUGUGAAGCAGAUAUGCUAUUCCAGCUACACUUGUAGAUACGCAGUGUUCAUAGAAUCCUUGUGAAGAGUGUAUUUUAUGUGAAUAGCGUACUGUAGAAGAAGGAACUACAUGCAAUGCGUAUACAUGCAUUGCAGUACUCUGCACGUUUUUGUGUGUGCGUGCGUGCUAGUGAACUAAUAAUAGAGUAUUUUUCUCAUCCAGAAUGUGCAAAUAACCUGCUGCGAGGUUGUGAAAUUUGGGUUAUCGUAAAGGAUAGCCACGUUGGAAAUGUAAAUAAAAUGAUUCUGGCAACUAUA